AUGCCUGUGAUAUGUAACCCACUCACGGGACGGUAUGUGAGCUUACCUAAACUGAGAACGAACAAGCAGUCGAGAAGCUUUUUGGGGUUUGAUCCAGUUGACAAGCAAUACAAGGUAUUACUCAUGAACGGUAUAGUUAAUUAUGAAACGGUUCAUCAUAUUCUGACAUUAGAAGCUGGAAUAAUGAGGUGGAGGGUGAUCCAAUGUCCUUUUACCCAUAAGCCUUUCGGUAAGGGCAUUUGCAUUAAUUGGGUUUUGUAUUAUUUAGCUGAACCAACUGAUAAAAGUUCUAAUGUGAUAGUUUGCUUUGAUGUUAAGUCUGAGAAUUUUAAGUUUAUUAAAGCAAAAUGCUUUUAUCAGUUGGUAAACUAUAAGGGUAAAUUAGGUGGUAUAACGUUGAAGUAUGACAACGAUAGUCGACAGGGUGCCCAUGGUAAUGUUUUUAGAUGGCCUAACCUUGAGUUGCCUAUGUGGGUUCUAGAGGAUGUCGAGACACAGAAAUGGUCGGAAUUUUUCUUCCCUUUUCCGGAUGCUGGAUUCUACAAACAUCUUUCCGUUCUUGGUGUGACUGCUACAGACGACAUUGUUUUUUCCUAUAUCUGGACAUCUAAUUAUUAUGUUUACUUCAGCCCUGAGAUGAACACUCUCCAACGUGUCAGCUUAGGUGUUGGAGAUGAAUAUGGUACAGUUAAUGUUUUUGUAGACCAUAUAGAAGACCUUAGUGUUAACAUUCUCAAGUCAAGCAUAUUUGAUCUUAGAGGCUUAUGA